AUGGGGAAGCUCAAGUUCUUUCUUGGAAUCGAGAUUGAGCGGGACGAAUCAGGAGAGACACUGUCAUUGCGGCAGAGCACGUUCGCGAAAGACAUUUUAGAGAAAUUCGAAAUGCCGAAUAGCAAUUCGGUUAGGUCGCCUAAAGACCCAGGCCUAAAGUUGGCCAAGGCCAUGUGCGAAGGAGGUAGCAAGCAUGAAGAAACGAUGGCAAAUUUCAUUUACCGGAACGCCGUAGGAUGCCUCAUGUACCUUAUGAUGGGCACCCGUCCCGACCUUGCAGCCGCAGUGGGAGUGCUCAGUCAGUUUGCCUCCGAUCCGUGUCCAACACACUGGCAAGCACUCAAGAGGGUUAUUUGGUAUGGAAAUGGUACCAGGACACACGGAAUUGAGUUUAAAGCAAGUGAAGACGACAGCCUUCAAGGCUACUCGGAUGCAGACUGGUCCGGCGACAUAGAGUCAGAGCGCAGUACAAGUGGCUACGCCUGCAUGAUGAAUAACAGAUACAUUAGCUAA